GGAAAGCCAGAGCCAAAAAUAACAUGGAGCAAAGCAGACACUCUUUUAAGAGUUGACAAGAGGAUAAACAUUGAAUCCAAGCCUGGACAUUCUACAGUUAUCAUUACUGAGAGUACACGAAGUGACUUUGGAACUUACAUUAUUGAAGCCAUAAACACCUCUGGCCGCGCUACAGCAGUUGUUGAGGUUAAUGUUCUAGAUAAACCUGGACCUCCUGCUGCUUUUGAUAUUUCUGAAAUAACCAAUGAAUCUUGCGUGCUGACAUGGAAUCCUCCUAGGGACGAUGGUGGAUCCAAGAUCACAAACUACAUCCUUGAACAGAAAGCAGCAGGAAGCGAAAUCUGGCACAAAUUGUCUUCAACCAUUAAAGAAACUCGAUAUAAGGCUACAAAACUGACACCUCUUAAGGAAUACAUAUUCAGAGUCAGUGCUGAAAACAUGUAUGGCAUUGGAGAGCCAGUCCAGUCCAGUUCUCUCUCCAUGGUGGCCAAAUAUUCAUUUGAUCCACCUGGCCCACCAACUCGACUUGAGCCUUCUGACAUUAGUAAAGAUGCAGUUACAUUGACCUGGAAUGAGCCAGAUGAAGAUGGUGGAAGUCCCAUUACGGGAUACUGGGUUGAAAGGCAGGAUCCAGAAACAGGAAAAUGGAUCAGAUGCAACAAGAAUCCAGUGAAAGAUCCUACAUACAGAGUCAAAGGCCUUACCAACAAAAAGAAGUAUCAGUUCCGUGUUCUGGCUGAAAAUCUUGCUGGUCCUGGAAAACCAAGAGAGAAACUGAUCCAAUCCUAAUAAAAGAUCCAAUUGAUCCACCUUGGGCACCAGGAAAACCAACUGUUAAAGAUGUUGCCAAGACAUCCGCCUUCUUGAACUGGCUGAAACCAGAGCAUGAUGGUGGUGCCAAAAUUGAGUCCUAUGUUAUUGAACUGCUGAAGACAGGAACCGAUGAGUGGGUCAGAGUGGCAGAAGGUGUCCCUACCACAGAGCACUUUUUGAAAGGCCUCAUGGAG